ACAAAAGCCUCUUCUAGCCUACUCCACUCCUACAAUUAAUUUGUUGUUCGCUGGUAAGCAGGCAUUGCCGUACGAUGCGAGGGCAGAGCAACGACUAAGGGCUAUCCUACUGAAAGGACGUCUAUUACUUCAUGAGUUGCUUGGCAAACUGGAUGGGUGUACUUGGCAAAGCAUGGGCUUUUUUAGCACUGUUGGUUCUCUGUGGAUUCAGCUUCAUGCUUUCAGGCAAUGUGGAAGCUGCCCUUGAUUUGGUAUUGAUCAAUUCACUGCCGGUUGUGGCUGAUUCAGAGACCUUGUUACUCUGCAUCACAUCAAGAUGGCGUUCCCCGGACUCUCUCACCAUUGGACGAGACUAUGAGGCCUUGAUGAGCCAACAUCAAUAUCCCCUGGCAGUGACUGAAGAGAAGAUGAGAGGAUCCGCGAAAAAGGUGGUGUGGCAAAGGGAACAGUCUGGUGAAAGCAUUGGAGCCUACUACUGUGAAGGGAAAUUUAAAAACAAAGUGACAAGGAUACAUACGAUGAAGAUGCAGCAAAGAGCUUCCUUUCUUCCAAAAUCCUUAACUAUUACUGCAAACAAAGGAGAAAAUGUCACCAUUUCCUUUAUCAAAAAGGUUAAUGAGCCAGAAGAUGUUGUGAUCUACAAAAAUGGUACUUUCAUAUAUUCUGCCCUCAAGCACGAAGUUCUUACAUUGCUGGAAGUCCCUCUCUUCCUUGUCCAGCUCCAGGAUGCAGGUGUUUACUCUGCCAGAUAUAUUGGAGGAAACCCCUUCACAUCAGCCUACACUAGACUGAUAGUACGAAGGUGUGAAUCUCAGAAAUGGGGACCUCAGUGUAACUUCCACUGCCCAGACUGCAUGAACGGAGGCAUCUGUCAUGAAGAUACCGGGGAAUGCCUUUGCCCACCAGGCUUUAUGGGGAAAACGUGUAUGAAAGCUUGUGGAGAAAACAGAUUUGGCAGGGCUUGCCAAGAGAGCUGCCAGGAAACAUCAGGAUGCAAAUCUUUUAUGUUCUGCCUGCCUGACCCAUACGGCUGUUCUUGUGCUUCCGGCUGGAAGGGACUCCAGUGUGAUGAAGCUUGUGAGCUUGGUUCUUAUGGUCCGGAUUGCAAACUGAAGUGUGAUACCUGCAGUAACCGGGGAACAUGUGACAGAUUUAAGGGCUGCAUCUGCCACCUUGGUUGGCAUGGUCUGCAAUGUGAAAAAGAAGGCUCAGCAGAACAAUCACCCCAGAUCCAGAACUUGCAAAGUACAGUAGAACUCAAUGCUCCUUCAGAGUUCAACCCUAGCUGUAUAGCUACUGGCAAGCCACUUCCUACACAAGAAGAAUUUAAUUUGAUAAAACGAGAUGGGACCAUUCUUAAGCCUACCGCAAUGGUGAAUAGAAGGAAUCAGUCAGAAGUUGCAGAAGCUACAUUUCAUGUUGAAAGCGUCCAUCCUCCUGAUUCUGGAAUGUGGGUCUGCAGUGUUGAGACAGUAGCAGGCAUGGUGGAAAACCCUUUUAAUGUUACAGUUAAAGUGCCUCCUGUGCCUCAAAAAGCUCCGACACUGGUAAAGAAAGGACAUAAUUUUCUCAUCAUUGACAUAAAUGCUGAGGUGUACACUGGGAAUGGACCAAUUGUGUCAACCAAGCUUCUCUUCAAGCCUGCCAGACAUAACUGGCAAUCCAAGGAAGUACAUGGAAAGACUGAGAGACUGGAUAAUCUGGAACCAAAAACAGAAUAUCACUUCUGUGUACAGCUGACUCGCAGUGGAGAAGGAGGAGAAGGACAUCCUGGGCCACAAGCCAAUUUCAGUACAGAUUCUGUUGGUUUAUCUCCACCAAGAGGCCUCAGCCUUGUUCCUGAAAGCAAAACAGCUCUGAGAUUGUCAUGGGUGCCACUGGUUCAGCACACAGAAAAUGACAUCCGGAUUGAGAUAGAAACAAAGAGUGUGACUGACAAGAGUGUGAAUGUUAGAGAGAAUAUUGUCACUUCCCUACAAGGAAAUCUGUCUACUCAGGUCAUUGCCAAUUUAGAGCCCAGGCACCAGUACAUGUGCAGAGUCCGUAUUAACAGCGCAUCCCCAGGAGAAUGGAGUGACUACAUGUAUGCAUGGACCUACAGUGACAAAAUCCCACCUUCACCUGAUAACAUCAAGAUUAUAAACAUCACGGAUUCCUCUGCUAUCAUUUCUUGGUCAACAACUGAAGGACAUUCCAUCUCCUCUAUCAUCCUCAGCUAUAGUAUUAAUGGCAAGACUGAAUACAACAAUCAGAUUGAUGUAACAAUUAAAAACACCACCAUUACCCAAUACCAUCUCAAGGGCCUUGAGCCAAACAGCAAAUAUCUGGUUCAUAUAAGGGCCCAGAACAAUAUCGGAAAGAGUUCCUCUAGCCCUAAUGAAUUCAAAACCCUCCCAGAAACCAGAGUUCCGUAUGAGUCAAAGGGUGGGAAAAUGUUGCUGAUUGCAAUCCUUGGCUCAGCAGGGAUGACCUGCCUGACCAUUCUGCUGGCCUUUUUCAUCAUGCUGCAGCUGAAGCGUGCAAACUUCCAGCGACGAAUGGCUCAGGCUUUUCAAAAUGUGGUGCGAGAUGAGCCAGCUGUACAGUUCAAUUCAGGAACUCUUACUCUGAGCCGGAAAGCCAAAAACAGCCCAGAACCCAUUAUUUACCCAGUUCUGGAAUGGAAUGACAUCAAAUUUCAAGAUGUGAUUGGAGAAGGCAACUUUGGCCAAGUUCUUAAAGCACGAAUCAAGAAGGAUGGGCUGCGGAUGGAUGCAGCCAUCAAAAGGAUGAAGGAAUACGCCUCCAAGGAUGAUCACAGAGAUUUUGCUGGAGAGCUGGAAGUACUUUGUAAACUUGGACAUCAUCCAAAUAUCAUAAACCUUUUGGGAGCCUGUGAACAUAGAGGGUAUCUCUAUCUCGCUAUUGAAUAUGCUCCCCAUGGGAACAUGCUGGACUUUUUGCGGAAGAGCCGCGUCCUCGAGACAGACCCAGCAUUUGCAAUUGCUAACAGUACAGCUUCCACACUGUCUUCCCAGCAGUUACUGCACUUUGCAGCUGACGUGGCCAGGGGGAUGGACUACCUGAGCCAAAAACAGUUUAUCCACCGGGAUCUGGCAGCAAGAAAUAUCUUGGUUGGAGAAAACUAUGUUGCAAAAAUAGCAGAUUUUGGAUUGUCUAGAGGCCAAGAAGUGUAUGUUAAAAAGACCAUGGGGAGACUUCCAGUGCGAUGGAUGGCAAUUGAGUCCCUAAACUACAGUGUGUAUACCACAAACAGUGAUGUGUGGUCAUAUGGUAUGUUAUUAUGGGAAAUAGUCAGCUUAGGUGGAACACCAUACUGCGGGAUGACUUGUGCAGAGCUGUAUGAGAAAUUGCCUCAAGGGUACAGACUGGAGAAGCCUCUCAACUGUGAUGAUGAGGUUUAUGACCUAAUGAGACAAUGCUGGAAAGAAAAGCCUUAUGAGAGGCCAUCAUUUGCUCAGAUACUUGUAUCAUUGAACAGGAUGUUGGAAGAAAGAAAGACAUAUGUGAAUACAACCCUGUAUGAGAAGUUCACCUACGCAGGCAUUGACUGUUCUGCUGAAGAAGCUGCUUAAGAUGGAAGAGCUUCAGUUAUUUAUCAGUUUAAACAACCUAAGACCUUGAUCUUCUAGGACACAGAACAUGCUGUGAUGUAUAAAAUGGCAUGCAGUGCUUUCUGUAUGAUACGUUCUAACUUCACAUACCUUUUGAGUGUACCUUAAUGCGAGGUCUCUUCCAUAUCCUUUAGGAAUGUGUAUGUAUAUAUGUGUGUGUAUUUGUGUGUGUAUAUGUGUGCGUGUGCAUAUAUAUCUAUCUCAAUCUCUGUA